AUGAGCUGCUGUACACUGUCUCUAUUCCUGGCUUCUAUGUACAUCAUGAAGACAUACUGUUACCCAAAUGGUAAGUACGAAGUCAUAUACCCCCAGGGCAGGGAUAUUGAUGAGUGUGUGGAGACCCCUAAUAUCUGUGGUUCGAAUUCCAACUGUACUAAUUUACCUGGAACCUACAACUGCAGCUGUCUGGAGGGGUAUGCACCCUCAAAUCCAGCCUUGGCAUUCAACCCGUCCAACAACCCCUGCACAGACAUUGAUGAAUGUCUUAAUUCAACCAUCUGUGGUCCAAAUGGCAACUGUACAAACACUUAUGGGUCAUACCGUUGUACCUGUUUCCCUGGUUACCAGCCGAGCAGCCCAGUCACCAUAGCCAGCCCCUUGAAUCCAUGCAAAGACAUAGAUGAGUGUGCUGAAACCCCAGGCCUAUGUGGCCUCAACUCUGUAUGUAAUAAUGCACCAGGGUCCUUCUUCUGUUUCUGUGGGGACGGGUACUACUCCUCCACUGGACUACUGUGGAAGAUGGACAUCAGCGUGUGUGAGAAAGUUGAUUCCAUUCUGGCUGCUAUAGUCCCCCUAGAGGGCCAGACUAAGGAGAUGCAAUUCCUCCACCAGAUGAACCAACAGCUGUUGGAUAACCCUAAUAUUGUCCUACCAGCAGGGGAGGUAUCAGGAGUUACUACUGACCCAAGCCAGAAGGCCACGAAUGCCCAAGAUCAGAGCGCUGGGCCUGGACAGGACGGUGGUGCGAUGGGCAGUGCGGUCCUGGGGGUCUCAGAGCACCUUGUGAACUCCCUAGUGGACCCCACUGAAGGGCAAACCAACAAAACAAUUCAGACAUCUUUACUGGCAAUCAAUGUUCAGGUAGUCUACAACAACAACAACAGUACUUACAGCCCUUCCCUCACAGCCAGUGAAAACUACAUGGACAUCAACCUACAGGCUCUGGCCAGACAAAACAACGGUACAGCAUCAGCAGUCUUCAUGACAGUCAUAGGAAUGGAAAAUAUUCUGAGUGCCAGUUUCUUUUCGACGCCAAACAACACCGAGAUGUUUUCUGAUAUUGUCACCGCCACGCUGCCCAAGAUUAACCACACGCAGCUUUCUGAGCCCGUCAACUUCACCAUGAGCCACAAGAGGAGGUUGACUGAGCCCGGCCUGAUGACCUGUGUAUACUGGGAUGAUAAUGGAACGGAUGAAGGAAACCAAAGUUGGUCUGUAGAUGGUUGCUGGGUCUCAUAUUCUGAUGAGAACUACACAGUGUGCAGCUGCUCUCACCUCUCCACCUUUGCCCUCAUCAUGCAGACCAUCAAGACUGAUGCAGUGGAUAACCCCUUCCUAGAUUUGGUGAACAAUGUGUGUGUGGUGGUGGGGCUGGUCUUUCUGGCCCUGGCCAUCCUCACAUUCCUGCUGUGUAACUGGAACCCUAAGAUCAACAACACAGCCCGCCUCCACCUCUGUAUUUGUCUCUUCCUGUGCCAGCUGUUCUUUCUAUUGAAGUACACCUACGUCAAUCACAAGCUGGUAUGUUCAGUCAUGGCAGGCCUUCUCCACUUCCUGGUAGUUGCCAGUUUCAUGUGGAUGCUACUGGAGGCUCUUCAGCUCCACCAGCUUGUUCGGAGGCUUUCCAAGAUCCAGGUUAUCCAGAGGGAUGGCCUCCAGAAGAAAUACCUCUACCUGAUUGGCUAUGGCAUUCCCCUGGUGAUUGUGGGGGUGUCAGUAGCCGUGAGGCCAGAUGGCUAUGGAGGAACUACAGUGUGCUGGCUGAAACCAGAUAAAUCCUUUACCUGGGCUUCAUUAGGACCAGUGUGUGUUAUCCUAGCCAUGAACUGGAUAGUGUUCUGUGUUACUAUCUGGAGUUUGAGACCUACCUUAGCCAGUAUGAAGAGUGAUGUCUCACAGUCCAAAGACACCAGACUGAUUAUCUUUAAGAUCCUGGCUCAGUUUGUUAUCCUGGGUUGUACCUGGGUGCUGGGACUGUUCCAGUCAACCAUAUUCUUUAAGUACCUCUUCAUCGUGCUCAACUCUCAGCAGGGCACAUUCCUUUAUAUUGUUCACUGUCUUUUCAACCAGGAGGUGCGCAAUGAAUACAGGAAGUGGUUGGGCUGUACUUCCAAUGCCUUUGUUCAAGACUCUAUGAAAGAAACACCUACUGUCUCUGAAGACCUAAACAAGGCUGAUGAACAAAGACAAAAGAAAGGAACAACAUGAUGAGUUUCCAUCAGACCUUCAUUUCUACACAUUGGGUCUCCACUGUAUGUCUUCCAAUGCACAGUGUACACACUAGAUAUCAGACAGAGUAAAAGAGAGAGGGAGAGAUGGAUAGAGUGGGAUGCAGAGAGAGAGAGAGAGAGAGAGAGAGAGAAUGAAUGAGAAGGUGUGAUAAACAGCUUUCCCCCCUGAUCUCCAGGGCGUUUUUGCUUUAACUUGAAGUUGGCACACCUGAGUCAAUGAAUCCACUUAUCAUCAAGACUAUGACUAAGGGAAUUAGGUGGGCCAGUUUAAAGUCGAAGCCAAAGAUAUGAAAAAAAUGGGAUUGAUUGUAUUGACUUUCAGAUACAUCGUGACUUACUAUAUUGUCCUUUGUUCCCAGCGAUGUUUUA